ACAAUGAAAAUUAGCGUCUCAGCGGAGCCGAAGCUACUCGGUGGGUCCGGUCAAAACAUUAACAUUUAUGACCGUUAAAUUCUCAUUCUGCGGGAUUUUCCGGUAUCCUCAGAUGAAGGAGCUUUAUUACUGAUAAACACAUCCGGCGGUAGAGGCUGCGGUCUCAGGACGUUCACCGUGGCGCCUCAUGGCGAGGAGCUCUCCGAGCACGUGAAAGAAAGGAUAGUUUCUCUCCACAAAGAUGGCCUGGGCUACAAGAGGAUCGCCAGCACCCUGAAACUGAGCUGCAGCACGGUGGCCAAGACCAUCCAGCGCUUCAACCGGACCGGCUCCACCCACAACAGGCGUCGCCGUGGGCGACCCAAGAACCUGAUGUCCGUGUUCAUCCAGACGCGCGGCGAGGCCGGCGGCGGCGUGGCGGCCCACCUGGAGUGCCCCGUGUGCGGCCACUUCUCCACGAGCCACGCCCACCAGCUGACGCACAUGGCGAGCUCGCACCCGGCCUGCCUGGACGCCGUGACGGUGGGUCGCCUAGGCAACAUCGUGACCUAUCAGAGCACGGCGCGGCUCUUCCACUGCUCGGACUGCUUCCACACGUGCCGGGACUUCACCAAGCUGUACAC